AUGGACCCCGAGAGAAGACACACAGGGGCCUGGUAUCCAGCUGCUGCCUCCAUUUCUGUCACAGUAUCAGAGACUCUGCACGUCUCUCCAAUAUCCCUAGGACUUUGGGGAACAACGCUGACUGAAGACACAGCUGAGGACAGAGAACUGUAUGUCAAGACUACCCUCCGAGAGCUUCUGGUAUACAUUGUGUUUCUAGUGGACAUCUUUCUGUUGACCUAUGGAAUGACAAGCUCCAGUGCUUACUACUGCACUAAAGUGAUGGCCGAGCUCUUCUUAUAUACCCCAUCAGACCCUGGAGUCUCCUUUCAGGCCAUCGGCAGCAUGGGAGACUUCUGGGAUUUUGCCCAGGACCCACUCCUGGACAGUUUGUACUGGACCAAGUGGUACAACAACCAGAGCCUGGGCCAUGGCUCCCACUCCUUCAUCUGCUAUGAGAAUCUGCUGCUGGGUGUACCAAGACUGUGGCAGCUGCAGGUCCGCAAUGACUCCUGUGUGGUACAUGAGGACUUCUGUGGGGAUAUUUUGAAUUGCUACGAAGUCCACUCUCCAGUCAAAGAAGAGCAACUCCCCUUUGGGCCCCUCAAUGGCACAGCAUGAGUGAAUUUCCCAUCAAGGUGGACAUACCACUCACAAGAUGAGCUGGGAGGCUCCUCCCACUGGGGCAGGCUCACAAGCUACAGUGGAGGUGGCUACUACCUGGACCUGCCAGGAUCCCAACAGGCCAGUGCAGAGGCACUCCAAGAUCUUCAGAAGGGGCACUGGCUGGACAGAGCCACUCGUGUGGUGUUCAUUGACUUCGUCUACAAUGCCAACAUUAAUCUUUUCUGUGUUCUGAGACUAAUGGUGGAGUUCCCAGCUACAGGAGGUGCCAUCCCAUUCUGGCAAAUCCGCAUAGUGAAGCUGAUCCACUAUGUCAGCAACUGGGACUUCUUCAUCAUUGGCUGUAAAAUUGUUUUCUGCAUCUUCAUCUUCUACUAUGGGGUGGAGGAAAUCCUGGAGCUCCACCUGCACCGGCUUUACUACUUUACCAGCAUCUGGAACAUAGUGGAUCUGGUGGUCAUCUUGCUCUCUAUUGUGGCGGUGGGCUUCCACAUAUUCCGAACUCUCGAGGUAAAUCGGCUAAUAGGGAAGCUCUUGGAACAGCCAAACACAUAUGCUGACUUUGAGUUCCUGGCCUUCUGGCAGACUCGGUACAAUAACACGAAUGCUGUCAAUCUCUUCUUCGCCUGGAUCAAGAUAUUCAAGUACAUCAGCUUCAAUAAAACCAUGACCCAACUCUCCUCCACACUGGCCUGCUGUGCCAAAGACAUACUGGGCUUUGCCAUCAUGUUCUUCAUUGUUUUCUUCGCUCACGCCCAACUUGGCUACCUGCUUUUCGGGAUGCAAGUGCAAAACUUUAGCACUUUUAUCAAGUGCAUUUUCACUCAGUUCUAGAUAAUCCUUGGGGACUUUGGCUACAAUGCUAUCAACAAUGCCAACUGCAUCCUGGGUCCCGUCUACUUUGUGACCUAUGUCUUCUUCAUCUUCUUCAUACUCCUGAAUAUGUUCCCGGCCAUUAUCAAUGACACAUAUUCAGAGGUCAAGGAGGAGUUGGCUGGACAGAUGGAUGAGCUGCAGCUGUCUGACCUGCUGAAACAGGGCUACAACAAGACCCUAACAGUACUGCAUCUAAGGAAGGAGCAGGUUUCAGAUGUGCAGAAGGUCUUUCAGGGUGGGGAGCAAGAGAUUCAGUUUGAGGAUUUCACCAAUACAUUAAAGGAACUGGGGCACACAGAGCAUGAGAUCACUGAACGCAUGGCUGCCUUCACUAGGUUUGACCAGGAUAGGAAUUGCAUCCUGGACGAGAAGGAACAGGAACAAAUGCAGCAGGACCUGGAAAAGGAGAGGGUGGCCCUCAAUGCUGAGAUUGAGAAUCUGGGCCAGCCCAUUGUGUAUGGCAAGUGGGUCUCAGAGGCUGCCACAGCAGGAGGCUGGGCUUCCGGAGAAGAAUUCUACAGGCUUACAAAGAGAGUUCUGCAACUGGAGACUGUUCUGGAAGGAGUCAUGUCCCAGAUUGAUGCUUUGGGCUCAGAGCUGAAGAUGCUGGAGAGGAAGGGGCAGCUGACUCCAUCCCUGGGAGUGGAGGAACAAGCCAUUUGGGAACACCUGCCAUCAGCUCCAGCUGCAACUCCAUCCUUUUAGGGAGUCCAGGGUAGGCAGAAGACUGAGGCAGUCCCAGCAACGAGACAGGAGGAGAGUUUUAAAAAGAGGAAAAUUAGUAGAUAGGGAAAACUUACUUUGAUUAGGUCACAAUUGUGCCUGAUUAUGAGUUACUGUCUUCUAAGAAAUCACCUGCCCUACUAAUGAUGAGAAAUGUACCCCAGUCUGUGUGAGUCAUAGCUGGAGAGACACUAGCAUUCUUAUUUUCUGCUCUUUUUUUUCUACACUUCUUGUUGAAAAUAUAUAAACACAUGGUUUGUC